UAUAUGCACUUAAUACGAACUGCAGUUUUAUCUAAUAUUUAAAGAGGAUUACGAACCCCAAACAGACAUCACCUCUGUUUAUUAAGCUCGGUAGUUGUAAUCAAGAUAGUUGUUCAGCUUAUAGGGAAGGCACUCAAUUUCCCGCGGUAAUGGCUGAAAAUUGCAUAACAACAAGAACACAGCCGGACAGCAUUCUCUUCAAGUUUCUGAAAGGGUUCCAAUAAAUCUGUAACCAGCAAAAUAAAAUACUUUUGGGGUGGACAUUACGGAUCUACAUGAAAGGGUUAAAAAACCCGAACAACGUCUUGGACUUACUUUGAGAAUUGUAGUGCUAUUAAAUCAACGGUGCAGCCCAAGACUUCUCUUAGGUCUAGCUGCAACUCCGGGACACGAUGGCGAAGAACAAAGGCAACGACUAUGAAAUCCCAUUAGAGAAGCAUGACACAGGAACGAGUACAGACGAAAAUGACGUUUCAACAGAAAUCGACACAAAGUUGAAUGAGGACUCGAAUAUAAAGAAGAAUGGAAUUGCAAAAACAAUAGAUGAAAAGCAUGACACAGGGACGAGUAGCUACGAAAAUGCAGCUUUUGUAAACGACAUAGAGACAGAUUUGGAUGAGGACUCGACUAAAAAGAAUGGAACAGCAAAAACCAUGGAUGAUGAUACCUAUGCAAAGAUUAUAGACCCGCCUAAAAAGAGCAAUGGCGAUGCCACGGUGAUCGACCCGGACAAUGACGAUGAUGAUGAUGAUGAUGAUGAUGAUGAUUUACAGGCCAGAUUGUGGAAGGGUAUCUACGUAUACACAGACAGUAUCACCAAGACACUCAGCGAGAACAAAACGAUGAUCAGGUACAUGGUGCUGAUCAUCCUCCUAAUGGGAUACGCGGCCUUCCUCAUAUACGCCUGCAUCUACGACUUCGACGAGGCGUUCGUCAUUCUUAUCAUCACGGGCCUCGUCGUCUUUGUCUACGGCUACAUCCUGAUCAGAGAUACUCAAGGAGAGAAGAUCUAUAAAAAGAUCAUGAUCCCGAUUGGAGAGAAGAUCGACAAGUCCUGGGUUUACAUCAAAUGGCCGUGCAUCCUGGCUGUAAUUGCCGGUAUAGGCGUUGCUCUCUACUUCCUUACCCGAGACACUCCUGAAAACCUCAUUUCUCUGGCAGGAUUGGUCUUCUUCUUACUCUUCAGUUACGUCUUUUCUAAAUAUCCAGCCCAGGUCAAGUGGAGGCCGGUCAUUUGGGGACUUGCCUUGCAGAUGUUGUUGGGGUUAUUUAUCCUCAGGACAUAUCCAGGCUUUGUUCUAUUCGAGUGGCUCAGUGAUGUAGUUUACGCGUUCCUCAAUUUCUCUGCCGCCGGCGCCAUCUUCCUAUUCGGUGAAAAUUACCAGGAACAUUACUUUGCAUUUGCGGUCCUUCCCAUCAUCAUCUAUUUUAGCGCUGUCAUCUCGGUGCUUUACUACUGGGGAGUGAUGCAGACUGUCAUCCAGAAAGUAGCCUGGUUGAUGCAACGUACUAUGAGGACAUCGGCUUCGGAAUCCCUCAAUGCUGCAGGCAACAUCUUCGUUGGCAUGACUGAGGCGCCUUUAUUGAUCAAGCCGUACCUGAAGGACAUGACGCGCUCUGAGAUCCACGCCGUCAUGACGGGUGGCUUCGCGACCGUCGCAGGAAGCACUCUUGGAGCAUACAUUCUCUACGGUAUCGAUGCGACCCAUCUCAUAACCGCCUCGGUGAUGUCUGCCCCUGCAGCUCUGGCGAUGUCGAAGCUCUUCUACCCCGAGACCGAGAAAUCGAAGCACCUUACCGAGGAGGACAUGGUGUUGGCUAAAGGGGAGGAGCUAAACGUCAUUGAAGCAGCUGCUAACGGAGCAUCGCAAGCCAUUCCACUGGUCCUGAACGUCGCUGCAAACCUCAUAGCUUUUCUUUCUCUCCUGGCCCUCGUGAACGCUUUGCUUGGAUACUUCGGAGGACUCGUCGGUUACCCACAACUCACUUUCGAGUUUAUAUGCUCAUACGUGUUUGUACCCAUUGCCUUCAUCAUGGGCGUGGAGUGGGCAGACUGCAGGGUUGUAGCUGAACUCAUCGGAUUGAAAACAUUCGUCAAUGAAUUCUACGCCUAUGAGGUCCUUGGGAAGUAUAUUGAGAACAGGACUACUGGCGCAGGACCUACGCUCUCGGUUCGAUCGGAAGUUAUUGCUACCUACGCCCUCUGUGGCUUUGCCAACAUAGGUUCUGUAGGCAUUGUACUAGGUGCUUUAGGACCUAUGGCGCCCUCCAGGAAAGGUGACUUAGCAGCAGUGGCAAUUCGAGCCCUAAUCGCUGGGACGGUCGCUUGCUUCAUGACUGCAUGCAUCGCAGGUAUCCUCUAUGUACCAGAAGACAUUCCCUUUAACAACUCCACAACAAGCAUCCCUCCAAUGACGACAGUGUAUUAAUCCUAAUAAGGCUGUAGAUAAUUG